AUGAAUGCGAAAAACGAGAAAGGCGAGCAUGACGAGCAUGCGAUCCUCUUCCACGGGAUCACUUAUCUUGGAGCGACGCUGGUCGAGGACGCACGGGACGAGAAAGCCGUGAGGAAGCAGAUUGAGGAUCUUUCUGAUGAAGAAGGGGGCUUCAAUGUGACGGUGUCGAUUCCUUCCAGUGCUGAUGGCAUUUUAAAACUUCUCGAGCCAGGAUCGCUUACUGAAGUGACGUCUUUUUACCUUUUCCGAGUGUUGCAAUUUGUGUCGCAUGAAGCGAAGCCGGGGCUUAUCGGCUUCACGGAGAAUUCAGACGGCGCUUCGACUUACCGCUGCCAUGUGCUCAGAUGUCAGAUUCCUGACGCGGCAGAGAAGAUCAUGUCCACCGUCUCACAGGCUUUUCGACGUGUUCCUACGACAUCUGUAACGCUUGAAAACAACACGCACAAUCUCGAAUUCAACGUCUCUCUGGAAAUUCACGAAGAAGAAAACGGAAAAUUCGUGCCGGUUUUGUUCGACAAAGAGUCGUUCAAAUUACGCCGCGGUUUCGAAAAGCGAGUCCAAGUUACGGUGAACCAGACAGCUGGAUUGGUGCUUCCCGUUGAGCGAUGCUUCGGGCUGCUUCUUUGUCCGGGAAGACUGGCAAGAGCCGCGGAUAUGACGUUGUUGGACAUGGAGAUGUCCGAGUCAAAGGACGUCCAUUCGGCCAUCGGAACAUGGGACUGUGCCCACCCUGCGCUGCGUCUUUUGAACACAGAAUCGAAAGGAAAUUGCUUCUUCGUUUCUGCUGCUGUCGAUCUUGUCUUGUGCGGAAUCGCCGAUCCAGUCCGUUUUCUGAUAGAGACAAAAGUUCGUGUUUUUCCACAAGAAGAGAAAUGGCUCCUUCGAGGAUUCAAAGCUAAGCACCAGGAAGAGCAAUUCUUCAUGAGCGUGAUCGAAAGCAGGCAGAGCUCUGGCGCUGCGAGUUAUACUGUCAAAUCGAUUGAAAGCAACACAUCAAGAAAUCGAGCUCCAGAAAUGUCUCUCCGGGUGAAGGACGAUGACGACGAAGAACCUCUCUCCUCUGGCUUCGGAGCAGUGACACUGGAAUGCUCCUCAGAGCGACUGGCUUGGUGGACGAAGGAGCGUAUCUCCGGCUGGACGGAGAAAAACGUGAGGCCGGAAGGAAUCGACGAAAUCAUUGUAAAAUAUGGUGUUCCUCACGCGCUCAGGGGAGCGAUUUGGCCUCUGCUUGCGAAAAUUAAAGCAGAUAAAAUGGAAGAGCUGAAAGAAGCGUUCAGAGUGUUGAACACGAGGUGGAGUCCUCAUGAUCAAGCGAUACAAAGAGAUAUAGGCCGGACAUUCCCCGCUCAUCAAUACUUUCAAGAAUCCGGCGAAGCUGGCCAAGAAGCCCUGUAUCGCGUCUGCAAAGCUUACUCCCUUUACGACUCCGAAGUUGGAUACUGCCAGGGCCAAAGUUUUCUCGUUGCCGCUCUUCUCACCGUACAAAUGCCAGAAGAAGAGGCUUUCGCUCUUUUUACAACGAUCAUGCAUGAAUACCAUUUCAGGGGUUUAUAUUUACACUCAUUUUCCGAACUACGGCUUCGCUUUUGGAUUCUUGAGCAACUCGUCGAAUCUGAACUUCCAUCGCUUCAUACCCACUUCAAAGAUUUAGGAGUGGAAGCGCACAUGUAUUCCUCACAAUGGUUCCUGACGCUUUUUACCGCUAAGUUUCCUCUUUCGCUCGUUUAUCACGUGAUCGACUGGUUCUUGUUGGAAGGGCCAAAUGUCAUCUAUCGCCUGGCGCUUGCUAUGCUUAGGACUUGGAGAAGAGACCUGCUUUCUUACGAUUUCGAAGGCGUUCUUCGAUUCUUCCGCGUCCAUCUGCCUCGCCAGUUUUUGGAUGAAGCUUCUGUCAUUUCUUUGAUAAACGCUGCCAAGCAAGAAAAACUCUCAGAAAAGAAGGAGCAAAAGCUCAGAAGCGAAUGGGAAAAAGCCCAAGAUGCUCGAGAAACUCCUGCUCAACGACUAGAGCGAGAAAAUAAACGGCUUCAUUCGAAAGUACUCCGGCUCGAUUUUGAAAGCGACCUGCUCGUUCAAAAUAUGAUCGAAAAGGAAAACGCUGCCCAAAAACAGAUGGACAAGCAAAUGGAAGAAUCGAAAAGAAUGGGACGCGAAUUAGAUGCGCUGAGACUUCAGCUUCAAGAAAUACGACGCGAGCGUGAUAACUUUUCACAACAAGUGGAAAACUUCAAAGAAGAAAAUGAAGAACUCAAGGAGCUCUGGAGAAAGGAAGUAUUGAGAAGGGAUACUGACGCUUCCGAGCUCCGCAACGAUAUUCUUCGUAAAAACGCAUUGAUAGCCGAUUUGACAGCGUUGAACGAAAGGAAUAAGAAGCAGAAUGGAGAAGGGGGCUCCUCUCGUUCGUCCUUUUCAGAAAAUCAUGCAGUCUCAGAUGGCGCUGUAGAGCUGGAACUCGCUCAGACUAAAGUUCGCUUGGUUGAGAUUCAAUGCAAAAAUCAAGACCUGGAACACACAAUCCAGGAGUUGGAGAAAAGCCUUUCCGACGCUAGAAAUACUUGGAUCAACAAACUUCAAGCCCGAGCCUUGAAUUCCGUCAAGAAAUGA